AUGCCUCACCUUACUCAAUCACCUCUUUCCUCACCCUCACUCCGAGCCAUUGCUCAUCCCCAACUUCGAACAUCGUACUUUCCACCUGUCCCCUCAGCACCUCACGCAUAUCACGGGCGCGUCCCUCCUACUCCUCACUCAUCAUUGAAUGUCGUCCAUCAUUCACCUCAACCGAAUCUCGGCUCGGGGUUGGUAGGCUGUCUGAAGCAUUCUCAACACAUAUCCAGUAAACAUCUUCCGGUGAGAGAAGCAGAGUAUAUUGAUAUGGGACCUUAUCAUCGUGGGGAAGCUAUUAAGCCAGCUAUGAAAUCUAUUAAUGGUAAUGAGCAGAGAAGAUCAUCUUUGAAAAUCUCACAAAUCCCCAUUGGACACAAGCACAUCCACGCUCAUACUAUUUCUGGUCCUGGUCAUAGAGGUUUACAUACAUCUUCUACUCAGCAAGCACGGAUAGUCGAAGAUAUACCCGAAGGUAAUAAUCAAAAAAGAAGACCAUCAUUCAAAAUUGAAUUACCUCCUCGACCGAUAACCCAACAACAUCCCCCUCAAACUCAAGGCUUACAUCGACAACUUGCUCCUCUCUACCCUAAACCUCACUCAGCUACCAACGUCAAUGCAGAUCUUCAUCCAAUCCCAUCAAACGGAUACAGCUCUCCACCCAUCUUCCGAGAUCCAUUCACGGCCCAGAACAACGCAACGACCUACGAUUAUCCAGCGGGAGGGUAUAUGAUCUUACGUGCACCUACCAAGGUUCCUCAUAGGUUUAUGGACGAUUUCCCAUCUCCCACUUCCGCUCACCCACCUGUCCCGACCACAGGUCAUGAGGAAUUCAUAUAUGGGGUAGAGGGAACUGGAUUAGGUUAUUCGUUGAAUAAGAGAGUCGCUACGCCCUGGUUGAGAAGUAAGGGAGAUGAAGAAGAGUGGUUGAGAGCUGAUGACCUUGAAGGUCUCGAGGGUGGGAGGGAGGUGGAGAAGAGAAUGAGGGGUUUGGCAAUUGCAUAG